AUGAAGUACCCGCCCAUCCCGCCGCGCCGGGCCGCCUCCUGCGGCUGCGGCUACCUGGCCGCCUUCGUCGCCCUCAUCGUCAUCACCUCGCUCCAGAUCCAGCACCACCACCUCAAGGUGGAUCUCGGCAGGUCCGACUACGCCGCGGCCACGGCCACGCAGCAGCGGCGCCGGGAGGAGGGGAACUGGAACCGGAGGACCGGCGCCGAGGGCCUGCCGCGCGGGAUCGUCCACACCAGCUCCGACAUGUUCCUCCGCCCGCUCUGGGACCCCGCCGCCAACCGCGCCAUCCCCAACAACAAGAAUGAUAGACACAAAGCUCUCCUGGCGAUGGCGGUCGGGAUCUCGCAGAUGCAGAAUGUGGACGUGAUGGCUCGUAAGUUCCUGAAUGAGAGCUACACGGUCAUGCUAUUCCAUUAUGACGGGAACGUGGAUGGGUGGCGUAGCCUCGAGUGGAGCGAUAAGGCCAUCCACAUAGUUGCGCCCAACCAAACUAAAUGGUGGUUUGCUAAGCGUUUUCUGCACCCUAGUGUUGUGGCUAUCUACGAUUUCAUAUUUUUAUGGGACGAAGACCUUGGGGUGGAAAAUUUUGAUCCGAGGAGGUAUAUUGAUAUAAUGGUUUCCGAAGGCUUAGAAAUCACGCAACCUGCAUUGGAUCCUGAUCUAUCAACAGAUAUUCACCACCGCAUCACAAUCCGCAACAAGAUGACAAAAGUGCAUAGGAGAGUAUAUGACAAUCGUUCAAGCAUGAACUGUUCUGAUGAUAGUAAAGGACCUCCAUGCACAGGGUGGGUCGAGGGCAUGGCACCAGUUUUUUCUCGUGCUGCCUGGAAAUGUGUAUGGCAUCUAAUACAGAAUGACUUGAUUCAUGGAUGGGGCCUUGACAUGAAGCUUGGUUACUGUGCUCAGGGUGAUCGAGCUGAGAAGGUCGGUGUAAUUGACAGUGAGUAUGUCGUCCAUCAAGGGAUACCAUCAUUAGGAGGACCAUCAGAUACCAGCAAGUUACCUCGAAGAUCUUUGGAUUUGCGGACACACAUUAGAAGACAGUCGUCGGCGGAGCUGGAAAAGUUCAAAGAACGGUGGGAAAAAGCCGUAAGGGAAGACGAUGAGUGGAUGGAUCCUUUUGACGCUUGA